AUGAUGGAUGAAUUGAUGGGCGUGGAAGAUGAGAAUGGCCGGAAGCUUAGAGAUGAAGAGAUCAUCAAUGUUCUGUUGAUGUAUUUGAAUGCUGGCCAUGAAUCCUCUGCUCAUGUCACCAUAUGGGCAACUGUGUUACUCCAUCAGCACCCUGAUUGCCUUUGCAAUGCCAGGAAUAUGACGCCAAAGGCGGGUACUUUCCUUCCAUUUGGAGCAGGAAGCCAUAUGUGCCCUGGAAAUGAUCUUGCCAAGAUCGAAAUCGCUGCUUUUUUACACUAUUUCCUCGUCGGCUAUGAGUGA